GCACCUUCAAAAGGGCACCCUGCAAUCGGAGUGUGUAUUUGGCUCCUUUCUGGGUAGUGAGGAGGAAGUGGCUUCACAGGCGUAUACUAUUCAAAAUGAAUCUGAAACAUCACCUAGAGCUCUCUCUCUCCAACGACUUCUCACUUGCACAAGCCUGAGUUCUUUUGCCGGAAAUGAUUCCCCUACGACCUUUAAAACAUCACACAGCUCAGGAUUUGAGUUCGGGUUAGGCUCAACCAACUAAAAGCUUCUAUAUUGGGGGGAGUGAGGGAAGAAAGGUGCGUUAACUAAAUUUCCAGUUGCCGAGGUUGUUGCGAAAUUUAACGAAAGACUUUGUAAACUGCGAAGAGUUACUAAAAAGAACAAAUCUGCUCCUCUUUGAGGAUGCUACGAUGCAAUCGUGGCUCCUAUCAAGUGAGUUUCCACGGAGCUGAGCUGCGGGAGCCCCGAGUGCUUCUCCGCUGGCUCCUCCCCCGUCACACCGGCCCGGGAUCGGCGGGGGCUCGGGCGCCGGGUCUCUCCAGCCCGCAGUCGGCCGCGGGUGAAAUCCCUUGCGGAGGCGGGGCAGGCCCCGGCCGCCCAGUUCCUGAUUCUAUAACCGGUGUCUGAGGCUGGCGGCGCCACAGGCUCGGGGACCGUGGGCCGCGAAGGAUGGGCCGGCGCGGCGCUGCGAGCCUGCCCCGAGGCCCCAGCCGGCGGCGGCCGCUCCUUCCCGGCGUCCUCCCCCUGCUGCUGCGGCUGCUACUGCUGCCGUCCCGGCUGGGCGCAGGAGCCGGGGCCGACCGGCCGCCGCAUCUCGUCUUCGUGUUGGCGGACGACCUGGGCUGGAACGACGUGAGCUUCCACGGCUCGAAUAUCCGCACGCCGCACCUGGACGAGCUGGCAGCCGGCGGGGUGCUCCUGGACAACUACUACACGCAACCGCUGUGCACGCCAUCGCGGAGCCAGCUGCUCACCGGCCGCUACCAGAUCCACACAGGUUUACAACACCAAAUAAUCUGGCCCUGUCAGCCCAGCUGCAUCCCUCUGGAUGAAAAACUCCUGCCCCAGCUUCUAAAAGAAGCAGGCUACACUACCCAUAUGGUCGGAAAAUGGCACCUGGGAAUGUACCGGAAAGAAUGUCUUCCAACCCGCCGAGGAUUUGAUACUUACUUUGGAUAUCUCUUAGGUAGUGAAGAUUACUAUUCCCAUGAGCGCUGUGCAUUAAUUGACAGUCUGAAUGUCACACGAUGUGCUCUUGAUUUUCGAGAUGGGGAACAGGUUGCAACAGGAUAUAAAAAUAUGUAUUCGACAAACAUAUUUACUGAAAGAGCUACAGCCCUCAUAACUAGCCAUCCACCCGAGAAGCCUCUGUUUCUCUACCUUGCUCUUCAGUCUGUCCACGAACCCCUUCAGGUCCCUGAGGAGUACCUGAAACCCUACGACUUUAUCCAAGAUAAGAAUAGGCAUUACUAUGCAGGAAUGGUGUCUCUUAUGGAUGAAGCAGUGGGAAAUGUCACGGCAGCCUUAAAAAGCCACGGGCUCUGGAACAACACGGUGUUCAUCUUCUCCACAGAUAAUGGAGGACAGACAUUGGCAGGGGGCAAUAACUGGCCCCUUCGAGGAAGAAAAUGGAGCCUGUGGGAAGGAGGCAUUCGAGGAGUGGGCUUUGUGGCAAGCCCCUUGCUGAAGCAGAAGGGUGUGAAGAACCGGGAGCUCAUCCACAUUUCUGACUGGUUGCCGACUCUCGUGAAGCUGGCCAGGGGAAGCACAAAAGGCACCAAGCCUCUGGAUGGCUUUGAUGUGUGGAAAACCAUCAGUGAAGGAAGCCCAUCCCCCAGAAAGGAGCUGCUGCAUAAUAUCGACCCAAACUUUGUGGAUAUUUCACCGUUCAGUUGCAGAGCAAAGACACCAUCAUUGCCUACCUCCUCACAUGCGCUUCCAGUUUUCCUUGGAAACAGAGAGCGUGUUCUGGAUCCUGGUUCGUGUGAGACCCUGGUAGUCCCCAAAUUUAAAACAUCCUUAGUUUCGAGCAGGCUGCUUCCAAGAACGAGGGUAGCUAGAGAGCGUCGUCUCAGAUUUUCGCUUUUUUACCUUUGGCAAGCAGCACCUAGUGGUCCUCAUUUCAGUGAUUAUAGGGUUCGUGUAACGGGCCGGGGUUUGGGCUGUGGGAUAGCAGUUCUGUCCUUGGAAGAGUGCCAACCAGCUUUAGCUUUCCGCACUGCAGUUGUUGGCACUGCUCACAGUGUGAGGCCUGGGGUCAGGAAGGACGGCAUCACCAACCUGCCCGGGGAGGCCGGGUCCACCUGACAGCCAUCGCGGGCUCAUGCCACGGCCCCCUUUCCAGAUUAAGUAUCAACUUACCUUUUUUUCUCAUCCUUAUCCAAAAACGUGCUCAGAGCCUAGACACGUCCUUCACACGCACUGGAAUCUGAACUGUACAACACAGGAAAAGUGAGGCCUUCAGCAAGGCGUUUUGGACCAUGAAGCUUUGUGGUUGGGAUUUCACUAAAUGCCAUGUUGGGGGGCGGGGGAGUCUUCUUUCAUCCCCAGCCUGGUUCAUGCUCAUCAUCUUAAUCACAGGCUAAAGAUGAAUAUUUCUGGUUAGUUUCGCCUUUUUUAUAUAUACACAGUGCCUAUUUAUAGCUAUUUGCUGACGGACUCUACCAAUUACUUUAAAAGCUUGUAUUUAGAGAGAAACAAACUAAAAAUGUGAAUCCACUGGAUACCCAUAGUUCUGCGUUGAGUUAGCUUGUUGUGGGGCAGGGUCAGAACAGAGACGGCGGUUGGCACAUGAUGAUGUCAGACCUGGAAAUGAUCAUCUGUUAUGACUUUAAUUGGAGGAUGAUUAGAGAAAAGACACACUCUUCUAUCUGUCUUAUCUUUGUUAUUACAAGCUUACUGGAUCCCUUGCGCAUGUUUAUUUGGGGUAUUGUACGUUACAAGCCCAGUGAAAUUGCUGUCUCCACAGUCAUCACUGACAUCCUAUUUACGAAAUCCACCGUUCUUCUUCCCUGCCUUCUCAGACUUUCCUUCUCUCUGGCAGUAACCAUGUCCUCCGUGGAAUAUUUCCCCCAGCUUCAGAGGCAUUCUUCCCAUCUAACUCCUCCUCCUCAGUCUUUUGGAGGCUCAUUUCCUUCUGUAUUGCCUUUCAAAUGUUGGUUCUCUCCAGGGUUCCACACUCUACCCCUUUCUCUUCUCAGUGCAAAUGUUUCUGCCAUGGUAACUACAAAAGGUAGAUGUGGAGACAGGGCACCCAGCUUGGGAGUCCCGGACUUGGCCGUGUGUAGGCUACAUCAGAGAGGAGCUUCCUGUAGAAGCUUCUUAUGGGGAGACAUACAGGAUUUCUCUGCCUGCCACCUCUAUUCCUCACCCUGGGCACAGGCUGAAAAAAGGCCAAGUGGCUCAUGGGGGCAGUGGAAAGGAGGUGGAGCCAGAGACAGUACAUGUGCUAUUGUCCCUGGAGGAGAGAGGAGGGACAAGCUGAAGCAGUUGAACCUGUUUUGAUGGUUUAGGCUAGAAUUGGAAGAUGGAUGUCCAAUUCCCUAUCUACAAAUGCGGGAUUGGAACGUGGCUGAGGUACAAUGUGUGUAUGAUGCCAGAAGGCCUGGCUCUGGCCACGUGGUGCCUGGCAUCUAAGCCUGGGUUAGAGGCACUGGCAGUUGGACACAACAAAGAGUGAUCUGGGUAGGAGAUAAGAUUUGGGGGCCUAGAAUACCCAGAGGAAUGUUGAGCACUGAAUCUGGGGAAUGAAAACAUUUAAGAGACGAACAGAGAAAGAAGAAAAAGCAAAGGAGGCUAAAAAACAAUCCCAAGCCGGGACACCUGGGUGGCUCAGUUGGUUGAACAUCCGACCUCAGCUCAGGUCAUGAUCUCACAGUUCGUGAGUUCAAGCCCCACGUCGGGCUCUGUGCUGACAGCUCAAAGCCUGGAGCCUGCUUCGCAUUGUGUGUGUCUCUCUUCUCUCUGCCCCUCUCCCCCUCCCACUCUGUCUCUCUUUCUCUCAAAAAUAAACAUUAAGAAGAAAAAACAAACAAAAAAACCUCAAGUAGAAAUAAUAACCACCCCUGAUCGAGCAUUUUCUCUGUGCCAGGCACUGUGAUUAAGUACUUUGCAUGCAUUUCCUCCUUUAGAGGCUGAAAAGGAGCAAGACAUCACAGAGAGAAGAAAAUUUCAAGAAGACAGACACUUCCCCUCCUUGGAUCAUUUUUGUCACACUUUCUUUAUCUGCCACCUUCAUCCUGUCCUUUAGAGCCCAGCUCAGUGAGCACCACUUUCCUGGAUCCUCCCAGGCAGUUAGCUUCUCCUUUGGAAUCAUCUAGCAUGUCACAUGUCGCACAUUUUAUUCACUCAGCCAACAAAUGAUUGUUCCACUGGUUUAGAAUUUAUGGUGUUUUAAUGCAAUUAUUAUUAUCUGCUGGGCCCUGGUUUACUCAUUCUGAAGAUUUAGACUCAAGCAUGUAGAGUGAUCAACAAAAUGAGGAUUUGUUUAAUAAGCAGAUGAAUGAGCAAUAUAAAAUAGUACAUUUAUUCAAGAUUCAGUUUGAACCAAAGUAUGAGAGGAUCUCUGGACAGCCCAUUUCAGAUGUAAAUUGCUAAACUUUCUAGGACAGUCAUGAGCUGAGGAUUCACUGAAUGGUUGAUUUCUGUUUUUUGGAUUUUCAGUGCUCAAUUGACACACCCCUGGUUAAUGUCAGACAUUAACCAAGUGUUGGAGUUCCCUGUGACACAGGCACACACAUUCUCUGAAUACUUAUUAUGCACAAUUCAAUAAUGAUUAACAUUUGAACUCUGUCUAGGCUGAGCAAGCCACAUCAAAGCUCUUUUUUCAUUAGGACUUUUAAAAUAUCAAAUAUGGACUGAAUGAGUAGGUGUUGGAGAAACUGACUUUGUAAACUAAAAAUCAUAAACCCAGAUCUGUUUGAAAUAUGUCAUGUGGAGUGCCUAUAUAAAAAUUAUGAGCGUUUUGAUUUUUCCCUUGUAGGUAAUAAAUAACAUCUGUAAUAUUCCUCCUCACCUUUUUCUGAUUAGCUUUAUGUCUGGUAUAUUUUCCCCAACACUCCUGUUUCGUGUAGUAAGGAUUUCGCCAAGGAGAGACAGGAUUCUAAAGCAGUGUGGGUGUAACAGAAAACCUGCAGCAAUCAAGGUUAAGUCCAGAAAUAAGGGGCAGGAUGAGUUUGGUGGGGAAUUUUUAAUGCUAGUCAGGCCUCUCUGUUUUACCUUUCUCAGGGGUACACACUAGCAGAGCUCAUGGGCCCUAAGGGACGGGAGUACCCCUGAAGUUGCAAAGGGCAUGUGGCCCACAAACCAGCUCCACUGGACCCCAGUGCUGAUAUGGCUCUCUAGACUCCCUCACUUUGCCCCUGAGCCCAUGUGGGUGCAUCCAGCAGAGUGCCCUGGGCCACUGGUGUUCACCCUGGGGUCCAUGGGGCCCCCAGGGUCCUCUGAGGAUUGCUGGUGGUGAGCCCAGGUGGAGGUUGGACAACUCUUUUAGCUGUUAUGUACCAUGGGCAGCUGUGUGGCAUUUGUCUGGAGGGAAGAGCUGUGUCAAGACCAUUGCAAGCAUAGUAGAUGCUGCUGUUGCUGAAGAUGCUGAUUUCAGGUCAUUAAAGGUGACAGAAAGCCAGGCAGUGAUGUUGGGCCAGGCUAGGCUGCCAAGAAGCCAGUUGCUGAGCUUUGCUGAGCUCAGGGCACCAUAGUUAAGUCCUAAGGUGACUGCGGGGGUCAGGUAAUCCUAAUGCACAACCAGAAUUGGGAAUCCCUGAUCUGUUUCACCCCAUUUUCCCAAUUUUAACCAUACCUCUGAGUUAACAUACAUAAUUUCGAUGGUAUUGCCUUGUUGUUGUUAUUUUUCCACACAGUAUUCUUUUUUCAUUCAUUUUAAAACCACUUUGUUCAGGUAUGAUUGACAUGGAAAACGUUGUACAUUUACAACUUAAUAUUUAAAAAUAUGUAAAAGCUUAAUAUUUACAACUUGAUGACUUUUGAGAUAAGUAUACUUACAUGAAACCAUUGCCACAUUCUAUGCCGUAAACAUAUCCAUCACCUCCAGAAGUUUCUUCCCACCCUCUUAUUAUUUUCUUUAUGUGUGUGUGUGUGUGUGUGUGUGUGUGUGUAUGAUAAGAAUGCUUAACAUAAGAUCUUCCCUCUUAGCAAGUUUUUAAGGACAUAAUAUAGUAUUAUCUGUGGGUACUGUGCUGUAUAGUAGAUCUCUAGGUAGGACUCAUUCAUCUUACAUAACUGAGACUUUGUACCUUUUGACUUCCCCAUUUCCCCCCAUCCUCUCUUCCCCACAAUUUUCUUUUUUUAAAGUUUAUUUAUCUAUUUUGAGAGAGAGAACGUGACAGGGAGAGAGAGGAUCCCAGGCAGGAUCCCAGGCCAUCAGCACAGAGCCCAAUGCUGGGCUUGAGCUCACGAACCACGAGAUCAUGGCCUGAGCCGAAGCCAAGAGUCAGAUGCUUAACCACCUGAGCCACCCAGGCACCACUGUUCCCCACAAUUUUCUAAUAAUAUGUUGUUCCAUUGGCACCUGGUUCAGAUUUCACUGUUGUUAUAGGUCUGGGCAGCUGACCACGCCUUGAUUUUGAUGGCUGUCAAUCAAAGGCCAUAGGUUCAGCCUAAAUUGAAGUGAUUUCUUUCAGUUGGUCAAUUAGUUUAUCCAUGUACCCUGCCCUAUGGCAACUGCUGUGGAAAUUCAAGAGACCUGUGACUGGGAUUUUUAUACUUACAAUGCAAAGAACACUCACCACCCAAAGGAUCUCAUUCCGUCCUCACAAUUAUCCCAUGAGGUAGGCAUUAUUUUUCUCCUCAUUUUACAUACAAGGAAAUGGAAAUUCAGAGUGGCUAAGUGACUUAAUAGGUUAUUCAUUCUACAGGCUAUGAAAAUGUACAGUGGUUUCUCAGAAUAUUAUGAGUGGUUUCUCAAAAUAGCGAGUAAGGUAUAGGGAAUGCCACUGGUAAAUCCCUAACUGUUCUGUAAAUCCCAGCUUGCGAGCUGCCAGAGCCAUAUGGCUAGUGGGGGCUUUUACCAUCCCUGAAAAUUAAGCAGAAAGGGUCAAUCAAGCAUCAGCUCAGAGCAUGGGGUUCUAGCCCAUGUUUUAUUGGGAACUGUUUUUAGAGAAAUACUUCUAUUUUGAGGUCUAGAAUGACUGUUGAAAAAACAAGAAUCAAGACAACCAUGAACACAUUUGCAUCUGGGUACGUCAGUCCUUACCACACAGCGAGAUGAGAGGCAGCCAGGGCCUGGGCCUGCAGUUUCCCGGAUGUGUCAAACCGUGAGCAGACUACAGAUUUCAUCCGCGUGUUCGCUGAGAGCGCCCAGGCAGCUGUAGCCCAAAUGCACUAUGGAGGGCACACCGUCUGUGGGCAGUGGGGCUAGCUGGCAGACUAGCUGGUACAGCAAGGCCUUAGUGACUUGAACUUCACUUUGAUUUGGCGAUCCUUUGAACUUUUCUGGGACUGAGCCAUGAAGAAAUUGGUCAGCCGGUCAAAUGUUGAGUGUAAAUAAAACUUUAGUGUUUUAUUUAAGAGGCACAUUUGACUCACAUAAUAAGCUGACAAAUUUGCCCGUUCCUUAAAAAAACAUACCUGACAGGAUACCUUGAUCACCAAAUAUCUGGAAGAGCUGGGAGGUUUUCCCACUUAGGCCAAGUGAGUAAGUUUUGCUCUAAGUAAAACUACAUAUGCCUUAAAAGCAUGGAGAUGACAUCCCAGCAGAAGCAGGAAGAAUAAAAUGGGUGGCCAGAGGUAGAAUAAACUUUUCAGCUGGUCUUUGCAAAUUGUAAACGUGAUCAAAAACAGAAAGAGCUCAGUAGAAAUGAAAAGGUACCAAACCCUGAAGUAGCAAAUAAAAGCUUCGCCAUUAACGCUUUUCCCGCCAUCCCUGUUCAAACUCUGGAACGUGUGUUGGGGAGCAAAUACAGGUCCUCUCCAGACCCAGACCAGAGAAGUGGUUUGCCUGGUUUGGGUUUUGGUUUUUCAUUUUUUUUUUUUUUUCUGCUUUAAUAAUGAGUUCUGCCUGCUUUUCUCCUCUUUGUAAGGUCUUCAGAAAAGGAGGAUAUAUAAGAAAAAAACCUGUGUUAUACUAACAGCUACCACUCAAUGACAGUUUUUACCAGCGAUUAUUACCGACUUCAUAGAGCUAGUGCAAGGAUUAAAUGAGCUAACAUACAUGGUACACUUAACACAACAUUUUAUGUUUAUAAGCAAGUAGCAAGUGCUUUUAAUAUUAGCGUUAUUAUCUUUAAUGUUGACAAUGUUAAUAAUAGCCUUACAAUAUACCAGAUACUCUGUUAAGCACUCGAUAUGCCUUAUCUCACUUGCUCUUAUAUUACUUUCAUAUAGUAAAUUGAGGCACGGGGAGUCAGGAAAGUUGCCCAAGAUCGCACAACUGGCAUCAAAAUCAUUUAUUAUGCACUUAAGAUAUUCUGGACAUAGUACUAAUGAACAUUUUCUAUGUAUCAUCAUAUUUAGCCCCACAACAGUCCUGUGAAAUAGAUGCCAUUAUCCUCAUUUUACAGAUGAGGAAAUGUAGGUCCAGAGAGUUCAGCUAACACCGAAGCUCACUCAGCCAGUGAAUGAUGGAGCUGAAAUUCAAACCCAAGCAAUCUUGCUCCAAAAGGGCGUGCUCUUUACUGCUGUGCACUGUGGCCUUCUGGGAGAGGGGACAGCAGGGACUUCACUUCAGUCACAUGGCCCUCUCCUCAUGCUGGUUACUAUCCCUAGCAGCGCUUUCCUGCAGGGCCACAGCAUUAACUCUUCCCAAGCCGCAUUCUCCAGCCAUACCCAAUGCAUUCUACAUCCCAGAGAGGAAGAGACCCAGACCGUCCCCUUCAGCCCUGUGCUAAUACUUGGGGCUCCUUAUUACCCUGCCUGAUUUUCUCUAGGCGUGAAAACUUUGUUUUCUAUCAACUUUCCUCUUCUUAUCUGCAAGUCAGCUAACAUAUUUAUUUUACUUAAGCCUUGCAUAGUUAAAAAUCAUCAGGGUUAUACACCAAAAUGUUAACAGCAGCCAGUAAAUUUAGCUAAUUUUAAUUUUCUUGUUCAUAUGUUUUUGUGUUUCCAACUUACAUACAAUAAACAUAAAAGUUACAUAGAAAAAAAUCAGAGACUGUAUUAGACAGUGGUUUCCAAAGAGUCAUGAGGAUACAUUGUCCAGUCAAAAGAAUAAGGUUGCCUUUCACGAACACCAGGAAAUCAGAAGCAUCCCCUGGCACCUCUCAGUCCCUUCCCCAUUUGGCGAAUCCAUCACCCAUCACUAAUUAGUGUCUUUCCAAUUAUAGUUUAGCUGCAGACCCCUUUUUCAAACAAAAACGUAGAGAAGUAUAAUAUAUUUAGCAAAUACUACAAGUUCUUCCUUAAGGUUUAACCAGUGCUGCAUGAAAUGAAGACAGGGAACCUGAACCCUGCCCACUAACUCGCCAUCCCAUUUAAUGCAACUCCCAAGGUACUUCUGGAACCCCUGCUGGCUCUGGAGAACACAUUCUCCCCUGAAACCAUUGACCCGACCUCAUUCUAGAAGCUUGGACUCCUUCAGAUUUCCAGAGGUUGCCCAGAUUAGGAGCUCUAUAAAUUUACUACAUAAUAUGUAAGAUAGUGAUUUCCUUCAGUUGCCCUAAAAUUUUUCACUAAUGUCCAAAAUCAGUACCCAUGACUGGUCCAUCUUAUAACUGAGUAUCUCUGUCUGUCCAGAGACCUUUAUUUUGUCAGAGGUGGCCUUCACCUCAGAAGGAAAAGAUAAAAGUUUAUGCUUCUCUGUGGACCCCUAGUUCCUGCCCAGGGGUUAACAAAUCCAAUGUCCUUUUCUCCUCCGUCAGGCUGCUUGUACAACUCUGUGAAUAUGCUAAAAAGCAUUGAAUUUUACCUCUAAAGGAAUGCAUUGUAUCAUAUGUGAAUUACAUCAUAAUAAAGCUAUUAGAAGAAAAGUUUAAUUAAAAAUAAUAUUUAAAUUCCUCUUGUGUCCCCCUGUUGAUGAGAAGAAAAGUGACAGUUCUGGCUUUUCACACUCCCCGAAGCUGUCUCACCCCAUCCACCCAACCAUCCCACCGAAGCCUCCAACAGCACCUCCCUCCCUGUCCUCCAGAGACCCUCCAUCACCGAGACUUCUGUUCUCAUUCUUCAGGCUAAAAAUCCCUUCUUCACCUUCUGUUUAUCCAGUUUUCGGUUAUCUGUUGUUUCAGUGAUGCUUCUCAUUGAUAUGGCUGGCCGUGGGGUAAGACUUUGGGGUUAUAGAACUAAAUCAGAUCCAGGCCAUUCCCCAUAUUAAAAAAAAUUUUUUUUUAAUGUUUAUUCAUUUUUGAGAGAGACAGAGCAUGAGUGGAGGAGGGGCAGAGAGAGAGGGAAACACAGAAUCCAAACCAGGCUCCAGGCCCGGAGCUGUCAGCACAGACCCCAGUGUGGGGCUCGAACCCAUGAACUGUGAGAUCAUGACCUGAGCCAAAGUCAGACACUUAACCGAAUGAGCCGCCUAGGUACCCCAUAUACCCUACAUUUUUUUUAAAAAGGUUUAUUUAUUUAUUUUGGGAGAGAAAAAGAUCGCACAUGCACGAGCAGGGGAGGGGCAGACAGAGAGAGAGAGAAUCCCAGGCAGUCUCCAGCUGUCAGCAGGGCUGACAGAGCCAGACGUGGGGCUUGAUCCCAUAAACUAGGAGAUCGUGUCCUGAGCCAAAAUCAAGAGUCAGACACUUAACCACCUGAGCCACCUAGGUGCCCCACUACCAUAUAUGUUUUUCACACAGGAAGAGGGCAGAGUGGUAGAUAACGAAGAGGUAUAUCUUUCAGGUCUUACCGAAAGUCCCACUUUCUUCAUCCAUCCUUCCUGUGCACUUUAACCUGUAUCAUCUUCUUCCUACCAUGAUCUUUUAUAAUAUUUACUGUUUGACCUUAAUUAUAUUCUGCCUGAUGUUGUUUUUUUGACCAUUUCAUAUGUAAUAUCUUUCUAAUUGCUUUGUAAGAUUACAAAUACACAGCUUCCUCGUGUAUGGUUUUCUAUUGCUGCUGUAAUAAAUUAUCACAAGCUCAGUGGUUCAAAAGAACACAGGUGUCUUGUCUGACAGUUUUGUAGGUCACAAGUGGGAGCAGGGCUAAGGUCAAGGUUUUAGCACUGCUGUACCCUUCCAGAGGGUCUAAUACAGAAUCCAUUUCCUUGCCUUUUCCAGCCUCUGAUGGCUGCCCGCAUUCCUUAGCUCGUGGCCCCUCCUCCGUCUUCAAAGUCAGCAACACGGUAUCUCAGACUCUUCUGCUGUGGCCACAUCUCCCUCUGACCAAAGUCAGGAAAUUGUCCCUGCUUUUAUGAACUCAUAGUUAGAUUGGGCCCACUCAGAUAAUCUGAGAUAACCUCCACAUCUCAAGGUCUUUAUACUUAGACAUAUCUGCAAAGUCUCUUUUGUUAUGUAAAGUAACAUUUCCACAGGUUCCAGAGGGGUUAGGACAUGGACACCUUUGGGAGCCACUAUCCUGCCUAUCACCCCAUUUUAUACUUCCUUGUAUUGCAUAUGAGAUGGAUGGAAAGAAAUAAAAUAUGCAAACACUAACAACAAUGAUGACAACUAAUGCUAGGAUAUGUGUACAUCAGAUAAAGUAGACUAAAGGAAGAAGGUGUCGUUGGAGAUGAAGAGAGGCUUUUCAAAAUUAUACAAAAAGCAAUCAGCCAGAAAAUUAUAAUGCUUACAAAUGGGUACUUAAUAAUAUAGUCUCAAAAAAUGACAAAACUUGGAGGAGAAAAAAGCAAAUUUUCAGUCACAGUGAGAAAUUUUCAACAUCACUCUCUCAGUAACUAUUUGAACAAUCAAACUAUAGAAUCAGUACAGAUAUAAAAUAUUUGAACAGCAUAAUUAACAAACUAUAAUAUAUAUGGAUCACUGCACCCAACAACUUGAGAAUAGAUGUUUUUUUUCUUUUUUCAAGUGAGAAUGAAACAUUAUACAGUUGACCACAUACUGGGCCAUAAAGCAAGUGGAAACACAGUGCUAAGGAUUUAAAUUAUGUACUGUACAUCUAACAUGAUUCUAAAGUUAGAAGUUUAUUUCUAAAAAGUCAUAGAUAUAUUUUUUAAAUGUAAUGGAAUUAAACUGAAAAUUCAUAACGAAAGGAUAAUAAGAACUUCUCAAAUGUUUGGGCAUUAAGUGAUACACUUUUGAACAAUCCAUGACUCAGAAAGGAAAUCACAACAAAAAAUAGAAAAUGUUUUGACCUGAAUAACAAACGUGCAUAUUUAAAACUUGCAAGAUAAAAAUGAAUUAUUGGUGCUUUCCCACGUUUAUAGCAGCACUAUCAACAAUAGUCAAAGUAUGGAAAGAGCCCAAAUGUCCAUCGAUGGAUGAAUGGAUAAAGAACAUGUGGUGUGUAUAUCUAUAUAUAUAUACAAGGAGUAUUACUCGGCAAUCAAAAAGAAUGAAAUCUUGCCAUUUGCAACUACGUGGAUGGAACUGGAGGGUAUUAUGCUAAGUGAAAUUAGUCAGUCAGAGAAAGACAAAAAUCAUAUGACUUCACUCAUAGGACUUUAAGAGACAAAACAGAUGAACAUAAGGGAAGGGAAACAAAAAUAAUAUAAAAACAGGGAGGGGGGCAAAACAGAAGAGACUCAUAAAUAUGGAGAACAAAGGGUUGCUGGAGGGGUUGUGGGAGGGGGGAUGGGCUAAAUGGGUAAGGGGCAUUAAGGAAUGUAUUGAAAUCAUUGCUUCAUUAUAUACUAACUAAUUUGGAUGUAAAUUUUAAGAAAUAAAAAAGUUAAAUUAAAAAAAUAAAAAAUAAAGUACACUCCAUUCUUAAAUAAAUAAAUAAAUAAAUAGGUGCUUGGAUGAAAACUUAUAGUGUUAAAUGUAUAUAUCAAAAAUGAAAAAGUGCUGAAAAUUAAUUACGCAGGAAGCUAUGAAUAGAAGAGCAAAGUGAGCUGAAAGGAAAUGGAAGGAAAUAAUAAAGAGAAGAGGCAAAAUUAUGAAAUAGAAAGCUAAUAUACUACAGAGAGGGACUACUAGGUAAAAAGUUUGUGGGGCGCCUGGGUGGCUCAGUCGGUUAAGCGGCCGACUUCGGCUCAGGUCAUGAUCUCACGGUCCGUGAGUUCGAGCCCUGUGUCGGGCUCUGUGCUGACAGCUCAGAGCCUGGAGCCUGGAGCCUGUUUCUGAUUCUGUGUCUCCCUCUCUCUGACCCUCCCCUGUUCAUGCUCUGUCUCUGUCUGUCUCAAAAAUAAAUAAACGUUAAAAAAAAAAAUUAAAAAAAAAAAAGUUGAAAAGACCAAUAAAUACAAUUAACCUUUAACAAAAUUUAUCAUGGGGAAAAAAAGUGAAAAGCACACACUGCCAGCAUCAGGAAUGAAAAGAUAUUACUACAGAUGCUACAGACAUUAAAGAUAAUACAGAAACGAAAAUGUGUGUGACUAGACAAAUUCCCAGUAAAAUACGGUUUACCAAAACUAAGAAAAAGAGAAAUAAAAGAUCCGAAUAGUUCCAUAUCUGUUAAAGAAAUUAAAUUAAUAAAUAACCUGCCCACAAAGAAAACUCGAGGCCCAGAUACCUUUACAAAUGAACUCUUCCAAGUAUUUAGGAAAUAACAACCAUCUGACACAAACUCUUCAGAGAACACUUCCACUUCCUUUUAUAGGACCAAUGUAACCUUGACUCAAAAAGAUGACAAGAAUAUUUUAAGAAAAAAAUUAAUAGAGAAAUUGAAGCAUAGGUGCAAAAGCUCUGAACAAAAUGUGAAUCCAGCAAUAAAUAAAAAGGACAAACAUCAUGACUAAAGGAGGUUUAUUCUGUAAAUGCAAGGUUGAUUUGGCAUUUAAGAAUUAAUAAGUAGAGGGGUGCCUGGGUGGCUCAGUCGGUCGGGUGUCUGACUUUGCCUCAGGUCAUUAUCUCACAGCUCGUGAGUUCGAGCCGCACAUCAGGCUCUGUGCUGACAGCUGGGAGCCUGAAGUCUGCUUCAGAUUCUGUGUCUCCCUCUCUCUCUGCCCUUGCCCUGCUUGUGCGUGCUCUCUCUCUCUCUCUCUGUCUCUCUCUCUCUC